AUGCUCGUGCGAAAUGCUCGUGCAGGAUGGCGCAAGAGUUCCAUGAUAGCAGUCGAUGCGGGAGCACAUCUGGCCAGCAUCAUCCGGAUCCUGCAACGAGAAAUGCCCAGCAAGUCAGAGACCAUCCCGCCCAAAGACUACUCCAAGACAUUGGAGUCGGGUCCGUUUGCGGGCAUCAAGUUCCCCGGUAUCUCUGCCAAAGCAAACGCCCUGUACAUUUUCCGGGAGAUCCUACAUGCUUUUCUGAUCACUCAUCCGCACCUUGAUCAUCUGUCGUCCCUCGCAAUAAACACGCCGGCGCUGGAGUUUGGGCGGGAAGCCAAAGCAAUUGUGGCUCUACCAUCUACCAUCGAAGCCAUCAAAAAUCACAUCUUCAACGAUUGGCUAUGGCCCAAUCUGUCGGACGAAGCCAACGGAGUGGGCUUUGUUACCUAUCGACGGCUGAUUGAGGGAGGCAAUCCACGGUUGGGACUGGGAGAGUCGCGAGGCUACGUCAAUGUUUGCGAUGGGUUGGCCACAAAAUGCUGGAGCUUGAGUCAUGGCAAAUGCCAACGGAGGAGCCACAGCAUAUCCCACCAACACAGUGACUCCUUUCCAUGGGCGCAGUCAGACUAUAACUUCCCGUCUAGGAGACUGUCCCGUCUAUCUGACGACCAUGGCUACUUCGCGGCCUUCGCUCAACAACAAUCGCAAGGAGGAGGGCAAAUGACAAUGGCGGCGGGCUCUAUGACCCCAAGCCUGCCAGGCGGACCAGCAGGCUCAACCUACAUGGAGGGAAACUACAUGUUGGAGCCGGUUUCAAGCUCCGCCUUUUUCAUCCGGAAUGAUGAUACCGGCCAUGAGCUUCUUAUUUUUGGAGACGUUGAGCCUGAUACGGUCAGCAUGUCGCCCCGAAAUCACAUCAUCUGGGAAGAUGCGGCGGUCAAGAUCGCCAACGGGACCCUCCGAGCCAUCUUUAUCGAGUGCUCGUACGACGACAGUGUCCGUAAUGAAGACCUCUACGGUCACUUGUGCCCCAGGCAUUUGAUCGCCGAGCUCAGAUUUCUCGCCCAUUGCGUCAUCAACAAGCGCAAGCAGUCGGCCUCUGAGUCGAGUCAAGCAACAGCCGAGCAAGCCGCCGACGGCAAAGCUGCUGAGGGACCAUUCGAAUUCCCGCCCACGCCGGUUGUGAAUACUAUGAGUAUGAAACAGCCACCGACUCCUUCCGAGCUGAAACGGAAACGCAAGAGAGGACUGAAUGGCGAGCUGGCUACGACACCAGAAAUGACGCCCACCAAUUUCGACAGCAUGCCAUCCCCACAACUCCUCCCCGUUGGCUACGUGGGCAGCGGUAACAGGACGCCCUCCUCGUCGCGUCGCAAGCGGUCUCACGAGCCUCGCGACUCCAACCAGAGUUCUUCCAUGGCCCACCCAUCAACGCCUGUUCGCGCUCGGUCCGUACAAUUCCAAGCUGAUGCUGCUUCUAGUCCUGCACUUGGAGGAGCAGCGACGGCGAUGGGAGCGGGGUUGGUUCCUUCAGGAGCAGUGUCAGCGGGACACCCUUAUCCGGCCUCAAAUCCGCAGGCCCAAACGGCCCAGAAGCUCGCCAGCCCGCUCAAGGGCGUUACUGUUCACAUCAUUCACGUGAAAGACACGCUGAUGGACGGGCCUGAUCCGGGCGACGUGAUAGUCGGCCAGCUGCGUGCUUUGGCCGAAGAGGCUGGCUUGGGCGCCGAAUUCAACGUCACUAGCUGUGGGGAAAGUAUUUGGGUUUGA